AUGGGGUUCUGGCAGGCCGGCCGGGUGUGGGGCCCCUACGCCGCAGUGUUGGGGAUCUUCCUGCUCCUGGGCGGGAGCCUGGAGUGCUCCUGCCGGCCGCAGCAGCUGGGCUGCUACCUGCACCUGCUGCUGCCCGCCGCCGCCGCCGCGCUGCUGCUACUGGCCACCGACCAGUGCUUCCAGCGGCUGGUCAGGCACCUGCUGUCGGCCGACCGCCGGCACGCCGGCAGCUUCCUGCGCUCCUGCGGGGGCCGCGUGCUGAGGGCGGCGGGCGUGGGCCUGCUGUGGCUGGUGUGCGUGCUGGUCGACGGCGACUGGUACGUCUGCUGCAUGAACGACCACUCAGAGCAGCAGGAGAAGCUGGCCUGCACCUCCGCCGGCUGGAAGAGCCCCUCCAGAGCAGAGAGGCAGCACCUGUUCCACCAGCAGCUUCUGGAGCAGGAGGAGCUAGCUCUGAGGGAAACUCUGGGGAAACUGGCCCGGCAGCGGCUGGCAGAGGAGUUCCAGCUGCAGAUGGGAGGCGGGCGCUGGGAGCAGUGUUUCGACGUGGCCGAGCGGCUGGUCAAGGCGGCCGUGCAGCCGGCGGCCUCCCGGGGAGGAGGAGCCUCUGAGGGGGAGGAGCUGCCGCCGCCAGGCCCAGCAGACGCUGCUCUGUUGGGCUCUGAAUGA